CGAAUCUCAACCACCUUAUUGGACUCCUCGGACAGCGAGGAUGAUUUUCCUAUUGGCCAACACCUGAAAAAUCGAGGGCGACCACACGAUGAUGUUACUCAAGAAGAAGAUGAACGCGAGGAAGAGGACAUAGCAGUACCUACCGGUCGUGGGGGAGUAUUGUCUACUGGUUCUUCGGAGAUUAUGAAGCCACCCGGUCGUUGUACCAGCACAGAUCCGGCUACAGACGAGGAUGAACAAUUUGUCUACGAGGAGCAGGUGGAGUUUCUAGACGAAAAUGGAAACACGAGUGUGGUCGAGACCACGAUGAUUGGCGGCACGGUGGAUGAGCGGAUCAAUAAAGUAAAAGCUGAUCGAGUCGAGGACAACGAUAAUGGAAAAAAACAGGGAGGCGGUCCUAACAAGUGCUCAGACGAGAGAGCCCAAAACCUUGUAAAGAGCAACGACCAUGUAGAAGGUCUUGCACGACCGCGGCCGACGUCGGCUUCUGUUCUUGCUGAGGAAGAUGUUGGCCAUGGUGCAAAUAGUGGCAAAACAACAGCUCGUCGUGCUGGUGCUUCUCCUUCAAACAAGGCAAACCCGGCGACGAGGACCACGUCUGACGAGAUGGGAAGUGUUGCAUCACCUCAGCUCCUUUCUGCCCUAUCGUACGAGCGGCGGGAAAGCUGUGCACGCGCGGCAGUGCCGAAGCCGUUGGAUCCGGACGAGGGUGAUGUUGUGUUUGACGAAGAUCAACCGGACGAUGUGCUGCCGGUGGUCACAGGUAAAGCUCCUCCUACACGGAAUUCCUUGGCGGGCAAUGCGAAGGGAUCAUCCCGCCCUCGAAGUGAAUCUGGUGAAGAUUCUCCUGGAGAAGGGCGGGACCAACGGGAGAAGAGUACUACAGCAAAAGCUGUGUCCACCCAGCGGGAGUUCGACGGAUCUAAGAGGGAGGAGGAGUUGGAUGAGGAGGAUGAAGACCCGAUCAGCCCCUUGCUGCCAGCCGUGCCACGUGGCCCGGGUGCAGCAGCAGGUGCCAAUCACGAAAAGGUGGACCAUGCGGUAGCUGCUAGAAAACCUGCUGCCGAAAGAACUGAGGAGGUGCAGAAGGGUGAAAAAGACAAAGCAAAAUACAACGAGGUGGACAUGAAGAUCGCUGAUGCAGGGGACAAUUACACGAUGGUGAUGGACGAUGGCAGCCCGAGCAGCCCCAAGGAGCAGGCAGUCCGGCAGCGACAGGAUGGAAUCAAGGACAGCCGGGGGGGUGGACGAGGCGAGACAGAAG